AAAUCCAUGAGUCCAUGACAUGCCUGAUACCUUGGAGGCUUGGACGAAGAAAGUGGGAUAUGUAUUCAAAAGUCUGUGUUGUCUACAAUUUACAAGGGACAUUGGAGUGGCUUUUAAGCCAAAAGCUUUCGCAAAGUUGAGAGACGAUCGAGCAUGGUAUUUUCUACUCAUUUAGCUCGUUGCAUCACUCAAAACCAUAACCAUUCCCACAGAAACCAAACUCGCUCCCGAGAUUGAAAUGUGCGUUAAUGGGGAGAAGGCAAAUCUGGAGCUGGAGAGUCACUCAAAACCAUAUACCAAAUGAAUGGCAAGAGCUUCCAUGCGAGAACUUUUUCGGUUCCGGAACUCCAUUCUCACCUUAAAAACCAAUCUCUCUUCCCCAUUCUACUCUUCUUGUGCUUCCUCUGAUACCACAGGAACCUCAACCUCUCUUUUUCAGCGAAGUUUCGCACUUCUCGAAGCAUGUCAGAGUAUGAGGCAGCUGUUCCAAAUCCAAGCCCAUUUCAUCACUUGCGGUCUCUUCCACAGCCCCUUUUGGGCAGGCAAAGUUCUGCACUUUUCUUCGGAUUUCGGCGGCGAUAUAGAUUACACUCUCUUGGUUUUCCGAUAUAUACAUUCGCCUGACAGGUUAUGUAUCAAUACUGUAAUCAAGGCUUACUCUAAGAGUUGUGUUCCGUAUCAGGCUGUAGUUUUCUAUUUUGAGUGGUUGAGAAAUGGGUUUUUGCCCAAUAGCUAUACUUUUGUACCACUUGUUGGUUCUUGUGCGAAGAUGGGUUGUGUUAAAUCUGGACUAGAGUGUCACGGGCAGGCUAUUAAGAAUGGAGUUGAUUCUGUGGUUCCAGUGCAAAACUCGUUGAUUCAUAUGUAUGGUUGUUGUGGGGAUAUUGAGCUUGCUAAUAAGGUGUUUGUCGAAAUGUCAAAUCGGGAUUUGAUCUCGUGGAAUUCGAUUGUGGAUGGGUAUGCUAGAAUUGGUAAUUUGGGUGUUGCUCAUCAACUGUUUGAUUUGAUGAAUGAAAGAAAUGUGGUUUCUUGGAAUAUUAUGAUUAAUGGGUAUUUAAAAGGUGGGAAUCCUGGGUGUGGGUUGAAGUUGUUCAGGGAAAUGGUUAAGACGGGGUUGAGAGGUAGUGAUACCACUAUGGUUGGCGUGCUCACUGCCUGUGGUCAUUCAGCUAGACUGAAGGAAGGAAGAUCAGCUCAUGGUUUUCUCAUUAAGAUGUUCUUGAGACCAACUAUAAUUAUUGAUACAGCUUUAAUAGAUAUGUAUAGCAGGUGCAAAAGAGUGGAUGUAGCCUGUGAAGUGUUUAAGAGGAUGGCAAAUAGGAAUUUAGUUUGCUGGAAUGCAAUGAUCUUGGGGCAUUGCCUUCAUGGGAAUCCAGAUGAUGGGCUUACCCUAUUUGGUGAAAUGUUGGGUAGAACAAGGUCAAAACCUGUAGAAACCAACCAUGGGAAGCAUUUGAGGCCAGAUAAAGUGGAAGAAGGAAUUAUUCCAGAUGAAAUAACCUUCAUUGGUGUUCUGUGUGCAUGUGCCCGUGCUGGAUUUUUAACAGAGGGCAGAGAUUACUUCAGCCUAAUGAUAGAUGUAUAUACUAUAAAGCCCAAUUUUGCACAUUAUUGGUGCAUGGCUAAUCUCUAUGCCAAGUUGGGGCUUAUCCAAAAGGCAGAGGAAAUCUUAAGGAAUAUGCCAGAAGAUGAGGACAAGUCAUCAGAAUCCCUGCAGUGGGCUAAUUUGCUGGGUUCAUGUCGUUUCCUAGGAGAUGUGUCUUUGGGAGAACGAAUUGCAAAAUCUCUAAUCGACAUGGACCCUCAAAAUCCCUCAUACUAUCAACUAUUGCUGAAUGUAUAUGCUGUGGCAGGUCAAUGGGAGGAUGUUGCUAGGGUAAAAGAGAUGAUGAAGGAUCAAAAGCUGGGAAGGAUGCCAGGAUGCAAUCUUAUAGAUCUCAAAGAAAUAGUCCACAAUCUGAAAGUAGGAGAUUAUUGGCGAGAAAGAAUGGAGGAGGCCAGCAUGAUGAUGGAUAGGCUCAAAAGUUAAGCUUGUUGAGUACCACUCUGAAAUGACCACCAGAACACAGCACAAAUACUGGAAUUUAACAUCAAAAACAAGUGAAGACAACAGCAAAUGGUUUGGUUUUGCCUUUUUGGAAAACAUCAUUACACUUUGGCGGCAGAGUUGGUUUCAAAUAGAGCGGAUUAACAGAACAACUACAAGCAUAGAUCUUUCUAUAAUGGUUAGAUGCCCCCCAAGACUGAAUCUUCUAUUUAAUUCAGCCAUCACUUGGGGGAUUUUAUCACUGAAGAGAACAAGCAGAUUGUUGGUCAUCUUAAAGGGGACUGGAACUUCACGGAGCUCUUACAGCAGGAGUCUAAUAUGAAUAAUGAAUUCAUGAUGGAAUCCCCACAAGAUGAAGUAUAUACCCAACAGUCUCCAUCUAAAGUUCAAAUGAAUCCAUUGUUAAGAAGACACAACGGGGUGGUAAUUUCACAGUAGAAGAAGACUGCCUCAUUGUAUUGGCACGGCUCAAUAUGUCCAUGAAUGUGGUGCAAGGGAAUGAGCAAAAGCUCAAAACAUAUUGGAAUAGAGUUUGGGACUACUUCCAUAAAGAGAAGAGUCAGAAGACAUCUAAAUUUGACCAUACUGCAAACUCUGUAAUGAAUAGUCAAUCAUUGAUUCAACUUUGCAUCAAUAAGUUUGUUGGGUGCUUAGCUUCGAUUGAGUAUAGUAAUCCAAGUGGUGUGAAUGAGCAAGAGAAGAUUACUAAAGCAAAGGAACUGUAUUAAAAGGUUCACAAAACCUCAUUCCAAUUGGAUCAUUGUUGGAAUAUCUUGAGGCAUCAACCAAAAUGGUUGGAAUUUCAUUCAAAGCCUCAAAUGAACAGAAGAUCAUCUGCAACAUCUUGUCCUUAUACUCCGAAGUUGAUAUAUCUAUGGGAAGAUGAGGCCUCCCAUGCUUCCUUUGUAGACUUGGAGAGACCACCAAGUCAGAAGGCAGAAAGAGAAUGAUUAAAGAACUAAAAAAGUAACGAUGUAUGAUUUCAAAUCUUGAAGGGAUAUUGAAUGACAUGAGAAAUGAAAGAAGAAAAAUUCUAAUGAGAAAAAUGUUUUUCUUGAGAGGGCAUAUUCUCAAACUUAAGAACUCGUUGAGCUAAAGAAGCAUAUCAAGAACUCAUGGAGAUCAAGCAAAUGGAGGUUGGAGAUCUGGUUCGUGUCAAGGGAGAGAAGCUUCAAUUAAAAUGAACUAAUCAAGACUUGGAAAUCAUUAUGAUGGACACUACAAAAUUGGAUCUAGUGCAGUAACAAUGCAUUAGCCAACUCCGCCAAGAAAUCAUUGAAUGUUAGGAGUAAUUAGUGAAUAUUAUUACAAUGUAUUUCUUAAGCAAUCUAGUCAUGCAACUUAUUGCACAAUGUAUGGAUUUUGUUGUUAAGAUGUUUCUAACUUGUUACACUUUUGAUGUUUAUAAAUUAAUCGGGGUUUUUUGA